GCGUAGUCUGAUGAAAACGAUUUUACUCCUCUUCCAUCCCGUAUAACUGCUGAUGUCAUCAUCUUUCGUUGUUGCUCUCUUCUUAUAAACAGGAAAGAAGAGUGAACAGAGGGGGGUGGUAGAGCGAGAGAAUGGAUGCAAGGAUAAUUAAUUUUCUGGGAUUGCCGGAGGAUGAGGAGGAUUUCCCUGUGCACGACUUCCUCUCCGAACCUCGAGACGGGAAAGAAGAGUGCCCUGCUAUCAACAUUGAUAAUUACAAUGAUGAUGUUGCAUUUGAUUUGACGACAUUGCGGAGAAGAUCAGUGCCAACCGAGGCCUCUGUGGUGCAGCCGCCUGAGGCCUCUGAGGACAGUGGUGCACUGCUGAGAGGAGGCAGGUUGGGAGAGGGCGGGUGCAGAUCAGGAGAGGAUGGUAUCGUCUCAGCGGGGUGGUCAGGCGGCUUCCCCUCCCAGUUUCUUAGCACUCAUCCACCAUCAACAUCUUUCGUCGGACCUGGACUGGAUACGACCAUUGGGAGGAAAGGUUUUGCGAGGGAAUUGACUGAUGAUCCUCUCUCUUGGACAAGUCUGUCUCUGUCACUCGGGAGGUCUGAUGAUGACAGGCUCCAGUCACGGGGGACAGAUGUGGAAGUGGUACGAGGAAGAAGAAAAGAGAAGCCUGCUGAGGAUGUGCUGCAAGGGGGAGGACGAAAAGAGAAGUCAGGUUUGCGAGUGUCCCCUUACAAUAUGGAAUGGAUUGGUGGAGGAGGAGGAGGAGGAGGAGGAAAGGAGCAACCUGCUGAGGAUGUGCUGCAAGGGGGGGGACGAAAAGAGAAGUCAGGUUUGCGAGUGUCCCCUUACGAGAUGGAAUGGAUUGGUGGAGGAGGAGGAGGAGGAAGAAAGGAGAAACCUGCUGAGGAUGUGCUGCAAAGGGGAGGACGAAAAGAGAAGCCGGUUUUGCGAGUGGGGCCUACUCAGGAACGGAGGGACGAUUCAGAGACGGUGGUAGAGGAGGGAGAUGGGUUGGUGAUGUGUGAAGGUGGACGGAAGAAGCAGCGACAUAGAACCCUCCGCGUGGGCCUUCCUGCCAGGCUGCUUAGCUGUAGCGAGGGAAGGGAGGAGAGUGCUGCGGCCAGGCCGCUUAGCUGCAGCGACGAAAGGGAGGAGGGUGCUGCAGCCAGGCCGCUUAGCUGUAGCGAGGGAAGGGAGGAGGUUGCUGUGAAAGAGUGUGUAUACCCUCCCAAGGGCAGCGAGGAGAAUGGGGAGAGAAAGAGAGUCUUUGCAGACACAAUCGUUAUAGAGGCUGAUGAUGAAGGGGAUGAUGACCGCGGUUAUGGAUCUGGAGUGAUGAGAGAGCCUGUGGAAGGCACCGGCAGGAUAAGAAGUGGUUGCUGUAUGGAGGAAAGAUCUAGUGGGGAUUUGCCGAAGAAUGAGAUGGCUCCUGAAGGGCGGAAGAGGAAACCGGUUCUACGAGUGGGAAUUCCCCACUCUGUGGAGCCAGCUGAGAAGAGGAGGAGUCUGGAAGGAAAGGGGAAGAAGGAUGGUGCCAGCUUCAGCAGGCAUGAGCAAUCAAACAUGGUCAUUGUGCUUGAUGACAGUGACUGCGAGGCACAUGAGAAGGGGGGAAGAGGGGGUGUGGAGAGAAACGAAAAGAGUGGAGGAGGUGACAGGGACAAGGACUCGAGCCUGGCUUUUUGCUCUGAGGAAAAGGACACAACAGUACUCUCGGCGACGGAGGCGAUGGCCUUUGAGAUGAAGGCAAGGAAGUUGGAGAAAUCGGGAAGCAACAAACUACCCCGCUCUCAAGAGGUGGCAUCAGAACAGAAUGCAUGCCGAGUUGGUGGGAAACAAAGUGUGUGUACAGACGUGGACUUGAAGAAGACUAAGUGCAGUAUUCCGCCGGGGAAACUGCAGAACAGCGGGAAGGAAAAUAGUAGAGUGGAGGAAAAAGCAGCAGAGAAUAUAGGGUUGAAGACGAGGGAAGUGGAGGAGGAGGAAGAAGUAGUGCAGAGUCAAGAGAGGAGGGAGGAGCCAUUUAGUAGAGCGGAGGAGAAAGCAGCAGUGAAAGUAGGGCAGAACAAGAGGGAAGGGGCGGAGAAGCCAUUCGGUAGAGCAGGGGAAAAAGCAGCAGAGAAAAUAGUGCGGAAGAAGAGGGAAGGGGAGGAGGAGGAAGAAAUAGCCCAAAAUCAAGAGAUGGAGAAGCCAUUGAAGGGAACUGAACUGCAGGGGAAAAUCAAGACAGCCCACAAUACUAUGGCUAAGAAGAGGUGCCACUCCGAAGUGAAGGUAAUGAGAGAGCCACAAAGGACGGACAAGGAGCGAUUCCACAGGUUGAGGUGUUGAGGCACUCAAAGUCGAUGAAAAAGAUGGCAGGCAGCUGUGUUGAUUGUGCUGCUGGAAAAUCUGGUCAGAUUCGCACUCACACUAUUAGCAGUCAGAAAAAAACAGCAGUGAAGUAUAAAGAAUGCGAAUUCGCUUUUCAAAGCUUUCGGCGACGGAAGUACCAAGCACGGACGUGGACUCAUACCAUUGAUAGCCAGACUGAGGAGGAAUCUGAGGAAUCUGAGGAAUCUGAGACGGAAGAAUCUGCGUCCAGUAGCGACAGCAGUGGGAAUGACAGUGCCGUUCUUCCCCGUGGUGAGUAUUCUCGGAGGAGAAGGGGAGAGUGAUGGUGAAGGUGAUGUUGGAUUUACUUUCCACUGUCACAGAACUGGUGGAAGGGAAGAUUCAUUUGUUACCAAGACAAACAAUGCCAUUGUCAUGACACACACAGUUGUGAGUCUGAGAAACGUGCAUUUUCCUCAGAAUAUUUCUGCCCUCCUGUUUCUUAGAUUUGCGAGUUUAAGUCUGUUUUCCUGUGUUUCAUGAGUCGUGUACCCAUCUUAUAAUGUAUGCAUGCCCAAGUU